CGGGUUGGAUACAAAUGCAAGAACAAACUAUAGGCUACAUAAAUGAUGCAGUAGGCCUAUAAUACAUAUUGAAGUUGGGUCAGUGAUUUUAAACACGCUCAUUCCCUCUGCAGUUUUGGAUAGGUUUAUUUUACGCUCAAGUUUACGCUCAUAAAAUAGGCAGUGCGUUUUCGGUCGGUGGAUGUGUCAGUAAGCGUCUUUGACGGGAGAAUUGGCGCAUCUCACGGAGCAGCCACCAGGACAAUCGGGUUAUGAACGAUUCGGCCUUUUUGCAAAAAUUCGCUAUGUUUUCCCGUGGAGUGAUGCAAUCACCGUCGGCUUCAUGCAGGUCAGCGAUGGGCCGUUGGUAGAUCAUACAGUUGUAUUAUUAUAAACGGGGACGCUCCUCCCGAAGCCAUAUUUGUUUUGUAUGCCAAACUGAGGCAGGGGGUGGAGAGUCGCUACAGAAACAUUGGGCUUUGGCCAAACAUCACCCUGUAUUAGUCCAUAAUUUACGUUUAGUCGUGGGUUUGCGUUCCUUUUCGUGCAAAAUUUCCGAAUUGAGCGAAUAUUGCCAGAGAAAUGAAGCUUGCUUGAGGACACCCCCGAUAUCGGUUGGCUGCUGCUGCCAUGAUUGGCAGAAGUCUCCUCUCGAUCACUGCUUCGCGGGUUGGAGAAGAAGCAGAUUGAUUUGGACCUGGUCUCAGCUGCGGAACUGCCGAUGUCGGAUGUUAUUAUCAGCGAAGCCUGAUCUUGUAAAUAUUAGAAGCGCAAACAAAGAGUAAUUCUGGAAAAACUCAGGGAAAAUGUCUUCUCGUUCUGCAUUACCGUCUGGGAACGACAGGGGCACGGACCAUCAUGUGACCCUGGCUGCCAGCCGCUCAGACAAGGGAACCAGCCUGUCCAGCCGCUCGCUGGGUGCCCGCUGCAGGAACUCCAUGGCCUCCUGCUCUGACGAGACUCCGCACAUCGGCAACUACCGCCUGCUCAAGACCAUCGGCAAGGGCAACUUUGCCAAGGUCAAACUGGCGCGCCACAUCCUGACGGGCAAGGAGGUUGCAAUAAAAAUCAUUGACAAAACUCAGUUGAAUCCAACCAGCCUACAAAAGCUUUUUCGAGAGGUUCGGAUAAUGAAAGGUUUAAAUCACCCAAACAUAGUGCAGCUGUUCGAGGUGAUUGAGACUGAUAAGACCCUUUACCUAAUCAUGGAGUAUGCCAGUGGAGGUGAAGUGUUUGACUACCUCGUAUCUCAUGGUAGAAUGAAGGAGAUUGAAGCCAGAGCCAAAUUUCGACAGAUUGUGUCUGCUGUCCACUACUGCCACAUGAAGAACAUUGUCCACCGAGACUUGAAGGCCGAGAACCUCCUGCUGGACGCCAACGCCAACAUCAAGAUCGCCGACUUCGGCUUCAGUAAUGAGUUCACGCUGGGCAACAAGCUGGACACGUUCUGUGGUUCCCCGCCCUACGCUGCCCCGGAACUGUUCCAGGGGAAGAAGUACGACGGGCCCGAGGUGGACGUCUGGAGCCUGGGAGUCAUACUAUACACACUGGUGUCAGGGUCGCUGCCCUUCGAUGGGCAGAACCUCAAGGAGCUGCGUGAGCGCGUCCUGAGAGGGAAGUAUCGUGUGCCCUUCUACAUGUCCACCGACUGCGAGGGGAUCCUACGCCGGUUCCUGGUCCUCAAUCCCACCAAGCGCUGCACCUUAGAUCAAGUCAUGAAGGACAAGUGGAUAAACGCAGGGUAUGAUGAGGAUUCCUUGAAGCCCCAUAUAGAGCCUGUUGAGGACUACAGUGAUGCCGCUCGCAUAGAGGUGAUGGUGGGGAUGGGCUUUACUCCCGAGGAGAUCAAGGACGCUCUGCUCAACCAGAAGUACAACGAGGUCACCGCUACCUACCUAUUGCUGGGCCUCAAGAAUGAGGAUGGUGGCGAGUCUCGUUCGGCCAGUACCCUGUCCCUGGCACGGGUCCGGCCCAGCCCCAUCACCAACGGGACCAACAAGCACUCCUUGGCCACUGCAGGCUCCUCUUCCUCCUCUUCAUCCUCCUCACACAGCAAGACCCAGCGUAGCGCUUCCACCUAUCACAGGCAGCGGCGGCACAGUGACUUCUGCGGGCCCUCCAUGCCGGUCAUGCACCCCAAGAGAAGCCCCACCAGCACAGGUGACCGGGAGCUGCGGGAGGGGCGCAUGCCCCCGCGUAAGGCCAGCUGCAGCGUGAUGGGCAGUCGCUCGCUGCCACCUUCCAGUCCCAUGGUCAGCAGCGCCAAUAACCCCAACAAGUCAGAAAUCCCCGACCGCCGAAAGGAGAUGACUGCCACCACGAACAACAUCCCGGGAAGUGCCAUGACCCGGCGGAACACAUAUGUCUGCACGGACCGCUCCAGCACCGACAGACACUCCCUGCUGCAGAAUGGCAAGGAGAACAGCUCCCUGUCCCACCGCCUGCCCCCCACAUCCCCCUCCACCCUGAGCAUCUCUGGGGCCGGGGCCUCCUCCUCCUCUAGCGAGCGCUGUCGUCUGACACGGGGCUCCACCAUUCGAAGCACCUUCCACGGAGGCCAGCUGAGAGACCGGGGCCCGCCCGUCUACUCGGCCCCACCCACCUCCCCCACUCUGUCCCACCAUGAUGCAAGUCCCCUGCCGCACGCCCGCAGCCGUGCCACCUCCAACCUCUUCACCAAGCUCACCUCCAAACUCACACGCAGGGUCAAUCUAGAACCCUCUAAGCGCCAGGGCUCAAACAAAUCAGUCUCGGGUUGUACCCUUCCCCAGGGAUCAAAAGCAGUUAGUAAGGUCACAAAUGAACCUGAGGGAAUCUGCCGAUCUGCGGUCACAAGUCGCCAUUUACCUGGGCAUCAAAAAGCGUCCGAGCCCCGGGCCGUCGGACGUGGCUGGGAUCUGAGGGGACCUGGGGGGCGGCGGGACCCGGCGGAGGUGGUGCUGGCUCUGCGGGAGGCGGCACGGGGUUGCGGCUGCCAGGUCCACCAUGCCGGCCCCUUUCUGCUCUCCUGCACCCACGGGGCGGCCGGUGGUCAAGUGGCCUUUGAGGCCGAGGUGUGCCACCUCUCCACAGGGGGCAGCACCACCAACAAUGAGUCUUCCAACGGGGUGCGAUACACGCGACUCUGGGGGGCACCGCUUGCUUUCCGGGAUAUCGCCACGCAAAUCUCAAAGGACCUCAAACUCUGAAUAUAAUGGGGGUUGAGAAGGAUGGAAAGAGAAAUAGAUGAAGGGACUUUGGGCUGCAGAUAAAUACAUUUCCUCCUGUCUCUUACGUGGCUAAAGACCUACCCCCCUCCACACCAGUCUCAACCUAACCACCCAAACCCCCACGCCACACAGACUCAAGCAUCUCCUCCCCCUAACUUCAUCCACUGGAUCCGGACCAGAGAGAUAUCCAGCUUCAUAUUUUUUAUUGUUAACUCAAGCCAGAAUGGCUAUUACUUUUAUGAUUGGUAUCAUUGUGGUUUUUAACCAUCACCACCUCCGAACCGACACUAUCGAAAACAUUCUCGAAAACAUUUCUUGUGUCUCGCCGUCUUUGAUUGUCUUCUGCGUGUCACUGUAUGUGUUUUUGGUCAUUCUUCUCCCAUUUGAACAUUAAUAUGGAUAAAGUGAUUAUCCAAGGACUUGUCGCCAGUGGACAACAUGCACAAAUAGGGAGACAGUUAACUCAAUGAUUUGACAAGUGGCCUGAAAAGUUGCUCUGUCUUUCAUUGUGUGCAUGGUAUGGGCGGGAUUGAAUUAUUGGCAAUGACAGAGGAGUUGACAGACACUUUGAACCAGCCAAUGGUGACCUUCACAUCCAUUUUCCGCUUACAAUAUCAUCAACAGAAUAAAGUAGCAGAUGGGGAUAUUUUCUUGGACACACCAUGAAUCUUUCUCAGUAAGUCUUAUAGCACAUGACAAAUAUAAACUGGACAGAUAUAGGUUUCAGUUUUGUAGUAUUGUACAACCCACACCGUAAUAAGCUGUUUUGUUAAUGUAUAAGAUCAGGUAGUAUACACUUUGGUACACAUCAUGCUCCAUCAGCGGCAAUAUGAAAACGUAAUCUAUGUAGAUCAAAACUGUGGUUCAUAGUGCUAUUUUUUCACCUUCAUACCUCUUUAGCUACCUGUACAUUUGGUUUCCUGCACACACCCUUCCAAAGUAAUUCCAUUGGCACAUUCCUUUUCCUGAGGAACUAUUUUAACCCUCUGAUUGGCUGGGAUCAAUGUCUGUGUUGGAACUGGUCAUUACCAAUAAUCAUAUCACGCUGUUUUUAAGCAUUUCAUCCCAUACUUCUCACAAUAUUACCUUUCUUCAGCAAAGUUGAAUUCAAGUAAUGAAAGAGUUACACAUUUCCUCUGCAUAAAAUAGCCUAACUCAAUGUAUUAUGGCUGAAAGGGUGGUGGAAAGGAAGAAAAUCCAACCGCGGUUCACUGCAGAACAUUGCGCCCUUGAAUGCCACAUGGCUUUGCCAAAAUGAAAAGCUGUCAGACAUACUAGUGAACCAAAUUUGUAACAGACAAUGUUUGAAGUACAUGAUUAUUUAAGUAUUUGAAAUAUUUUAUUUCUGUGUAUUUGAGUAAGUCGUAUAUGUAUAUAUGUAUAUAUAUGUAUAUGGAUAUAUAUAUAGAUAUAUAUAGAUAUAUAAAUGUCAUAUUGCUUUCAGUGCAAUGCGAUGCAAUGCAAUUUCGUUUGAUUUCCAUUCCGUGCCAUGCCGAUUUAUCUUCAGCCAUCUCACUACAUUGAAGGUGAACAUCAAAAUCUUUUUUUUUCUGAGGCAACUGAAACCACCCAAUCCCAUUUCCACUGUUACACACACUGGUGCCUCUACUCUGACACCCUUCAGCAUUUUGAAAUUGGUGAACUUCAGAUCAAACUGGUUUUGUCUACUGCUGAUGACUAUCCCACAUGACAAAAUGCUACAGUUUACUAUAUAGUACUAUAGUACUUACUAUAGAAUUAUGUAGUUAACUGUAGUAUACUGUAGAAUACUAUACUCCACACUGUAGUAUCCCUCGAUCAUGUGUAGCACUUACUAUAUAAUUUUGUUGUAUACUGUAGAAUGCUAUACUACACACUGUAGUAUCCCUCAAUCGUGUAGUUCUUACUAUAUAAUCUUGUAGUAUAUUGUAGAAUACAAUACUCCACACUGUAGUAUCCAUUGAUCGUGUGUAGUACUUACUUUAGAAUAUUGUAGUGUUCUGUAGAAUGCUAUACUCCAUACUGUAGUAUCCCUCGAUCAUGUAGUGCUUACUAUAGAAUUUUGUAGAAUACUUAACUCUACGUUGUAGUAUCCAUUGAUCAUGUGUAGUACUAUAGCAUGUUGUAGUAUACUGUAGAAUACUAUAGUAAAUACUACAGUAAUUUCCUCAAAAUACUACAGUACCCGCAAAAAACACUACAGUGUUCUAACUAUAGUAAUUCUACAAUAUUCAUUUGCAUAUACCUCACCCAUUCCCAUACCCCGUACCGCAAUUUGUGCCACCCAUGAAUGAGAAACAUACAUGCCAAGUAUAGACCAUAUAUUGUGUUUCCUACAGGUUAUAUAAAAGAGCAGAAGCUCUAAAGUAUCCGUUCAGACUUCAUUCCUACCUACUUACAGGUUAUGGAAAAUUAGCUCUUUUAGUGUUUGUCCUGUUGGUUUCCUUCAGGGCGGCAAGUUGCCUAGCAGUUAGAGCGUUGGGCCAGUAAUCGAAAAGUUGCUGGUUUGAAUGCAUGAGCUGACAAAGUGACAAAUCUGUGCAAUGUGCCCUUGAGCAAGGUACUUAACCCUAAUUUGCUAAAGGGGUGCCAUACUACUAUGGCUGACCCUGUAAAACAACACAUUUCACUGCACCUAUCUGGUAUAUGUAACAAUAGUAAACUCUAUAGUAAACUGUAAAUCAUGUCUGAAAAAACACUACAGUAUAUACUACAGUACACUACAGUCAUGUCCGCAAAAACACUACAGUAUAUACUACAAUACACUACAGUCAUGUCUGCAAAAACACUACAGUAUAUACUACAGUACACUACAGUCAUGUCUGCAAAAACACUACAGUAUAUACUACAGUACACAACAGUCAUGUCUGCAAAAACACUACAGUUGAAUACUAUAGUAAAGUCUGCAAAACGCUACAGUGAAUACUAUAGUAUAUAAAUAUAGUAAUACUACAGUAUUUUUACCAUAGUAUAUUGAUGUAUUUUUUCAUGUGGAGUCGGCUACUGUGGGUUGUAGGGGAAGUGCAUAGACACGCAGAGGAGUCAUUUAGAGAGACAGAGAGAGACAUAAAGACAAUGUGACUGGGAUGCUGUGUUUUCCAUGUUGCUCCUCUUACAGUAAGCCUACAUACAGUAAAAGUACAAUGUUGGAAAAUAAGAACCUCAAAAAGGCUUCCUCACCCUCCUCCUGAUUAGAAUGAAGGAUGUACUGUGAUGUUCAUGUAGGCUACAGGGACCAAGAUGUCGGCUUGGUUAUUUACUGUUAACGCUCUCGGUCUCAGUUUUGGCUUUUUGCUCAUGGUGAUUUAACCAGUCAGACCAACGUGAUCAUGUAGGGUUUGAUCUUCAUCACAAGUGUUUUUGCUGUCUGUAUGUCAGUUUGUUUUUGCAAUCCUCCUCCUGUCGUUUAUUUUUUCAAAAACACACAACUGUCAUCUGCUUCACAGACACGUUGUUGAAUCAUCUCUUCUGAAUCUCCUUGUGCUGUUUUGUCUGCCCCAUGACAGGAUCCCCUAUAUGGGAGAACAAUACUAGUCCACUACAUUUCACCGCCCUUUACAGUACAGACAGACACACUUAUUGACCUGAAGAGGGUCAGUCCUAUGUCCUAUAACAUUGUGGUGUAUAUUAGCAUUAGGUAAUAUAGACCUCAAUGCACUUUGCUUUGACUUGAAUCAGCUCCUUCCAGUGGACCCUAGGGCCAUGCCCAUAAUGAGCCACUGGAUGGCGCCAAUGUCUUAAAUGUGAACACUUCAAUUUGUGGAUAUUUGCACAGGUACUUUUAUUUAUUUUUUAGAUGAAUAUCGUAAUAAAAAAAUGGAUUUAUAUCAGCCAGUUAAUGGCUGAAUAUAAAAUAUAUGAAUAUAGUAUAUAUCUUAGCGGUCAAGGUUUAUUUAUAGCUAGAACAAGGGAAGUGCUUCUAGUUUUAAGCAGUUUCUGUCAAUGACAAUAGGGAACAAUACCAACUUGCAAUCCUGCAUGACUUCAGAGUUUGGGUUUUGGGGGUAGAAAAUGUAAUGAUUCACACCCAUAGGUGGAUGCUUUAUGAAAUAAAGAUGCAGUCAGUGUUUCGACAUGAUUAUAGACACAGAGAAACUGUACUGGGUAUUGUCCCUGCUUCCCCCCCCCCCCUAUCACAAGUACAGAUGGCAGAUUUGGGGUAAAUUCCAAUGAUUUGACUCCUUCUAUUACUUACAGGGAAAUUGAUUCACUUGAUAUUCCUAAAUGUAAUUCACAAAUCUCUAAAUUUCUCUACUGUAUAACAAAAUGUAAAAUAACAGAUUUUUUUUUAAAUUCCAAUGUGUUGUUACAAAUGUUUAAAUUGAGACCAUCUCUGAUGGUCAGGCACAUCUGGGGUUGGGUUGGGUUUCUUUCAAGCCAUAGAAACGUCCAUUUAAGUUUUUACAGAAUGAAAGGAAAGCAUCUGGUUGAACAUAUCCAAAGUGGUUGCUAAAGUGAAGGAAAAAAUUGUUUCCAGGUGGAAUACAAACCUAUGAAAUGCAUUUAGAAAAAGAUAGUACAAUGUGUGCUGGUAUGCCUAUAAGAGACUGUCAGUGGUAUAGAUGGUUGUUGGAAACAGUAUUAUGGCCUCAGGGGCUCAGUAUUUAAGUAAUGUGCAUUGUCAUGCUGGAACUGUUUAUUUGUUUUAACCGUUGAUGUAAUAUGCAAUAGAGGCCAAUGAGAUGGAUGAAGAGACACGUUUUGACCUGGACGCCUAAUUCUGUUCACCCAUUGACCCCUUCAGAAACAAACAAUGUGAGAUUGUGUAGCCCAAAGGCCCUGGUGCUUUUGGUCUACAGCGAAAGUGAGAAACAUGGAGCUGACGAGAAAUAAAAUUCACAAAUGUUA